UUCGUGUGUUUUCUUAUUCUUUUUUUUUUGCUUUUUUUUAUCUCGUCUCAUCUUGCUCACAAUUUUGGAUCACAUUGCUGAAUGAAGUUGCCAAAGGAAUGGCAUAAAAGCGAGAGAAUGCAAUGAUCUUUAUACAACUUAUGUCGUAUAGUGAAAGUAUUUUAAGAGAUAUGUGCAGAGUAUGAGACAAAUGCAAGAAAAAUUUGUGAUAGCAAGGGAGUUUGUGAGAUUGUGAGUGGUAAAAAGAUAGCGUGAAAAAAAUGCGAGACGAACUUAUGGCACAAGAGUAAGAGACUGUUGAAGGUGAAUAUAUGAAAAAAGAAAGUUAUAAAAAAAAGCUUGGUAAAAAUUCUUGCGAAAAAUGUUCAUCUGAUUCCGUUAGAUACACCAUUUUGUGUGACACUGAAAAUUUGCUUCACUCACAAAUUGCUAAGUAAUAUUUACUAAGUAAGUGUGUGACCUAGAUGAGCAUUUCUCGUUCACAAUCACAAGAUUUCGUUGAUAUUGCUCGUUGGCGGAUUGACUUCGGGAAAAGCAAAUAUUCUAUCUCACUCUCUUCAUUCUCCCUUUCCUUUCGCUUUGCGAAUCGAAUCGCAUGCAUUUCGGUUCUUCAAUUCGUCGUUUUCAAUUGCUCAUAAGUCUUGCAAUUUUAUGUAAAUGUAAUUCGAGAGCGUUGUGCAGUGUGUUUUUUGCCUUGUUUCAAUACACUUAUUCUCUCUCUAUCUCUCUCUCUCUCGCUCACACACACCCCAUACACAUACAAAGAAAAGUAGAGAAGCAAGACAGCGGAAAUGCACAAGUUGAUUCCUGUUGGAAGUUGGUUUCGUUUCUAUACGAACCGUGUAUUUGUGUUUAAUCAAUAAUUCAUGAAUAUGUCUAUUUCGAUUUGGUGGUAGUUUUUUCAGUGUAAAAUAUUCGGUAUUCAGUAGACGUCUUGCCCAUAAGAAGUUAAAUUCGUUUUUUUUGUUUCUAUCAAAUGAAAUAAACCAAAUAAAGCAUAUAUACAUGGUGAAUUAUGUCAAAUAGUAAUUAUUAUCGACCAUUUGAGAAGCCACUUCAACAUUUGGGAAUUGAUGAUUGGCGUACACGUACCAAUCACUUGUGCAAUUUGGCAUCUGUUCAUCGAACAAAUGCACUUGAUUUGAUACAAACUAGUCGAAGUGUCCGAGAUGAGAAUCAAGUGCAGGCUCACUUCAAUACGACCAACAACACCAUUCGUCUAGCAAAUCGAGUACAAGAAUUGGAUCGAUGGUAUGCAGAAAUACGAUUAUGUCUUGACCAUUUGCUUAAGGAAAUCAAUUUGCUGCGUUUGGAAAAAAGUUUAACCGAAAGCACUUUGGAUGCAUUGAGCUUACGAUUGUCAGUGGCCACCGAGUGUUUGUCGAUGCGAGACCAUCGUGUGCAUGGUGAACUAACACAAGACGAUGCAAAUGUUGAACUAAAACGUGAACUUGCCACCGUUGAAAGCAGUGUUAAAAUGUUAGCUGAUCAGUGCCAACGAGCAUGGGAACAAUUGAAUCGCUUGAAUGAAGUCAAGAUGAAAUUAAACUUGGAACUAAUGCACAAGAAUGAGGCCAGAGAUUGUGACAAUCAACAGCGUUUUACUAACGAAGUGUGCUCGAAUAUUACCUUUAAAACGGACCCAAUGCGUAAUCCAAGAAACUGCUGCACUUACGACGGUUGGCUAGAGCAUACCAAGCAAAUCAAACAUAUUGCUGAAAACGAAAUGGAGAGUUCAUGUCGAAUGCGAGAGUCAUUGUUUGUGGCUCGUGAAAAGACAAAAAAUUCAUUAGAAAAUCAACAAGAACUCACCGAGCACACGCUUCGCAAACGAAUUUUCGAUACACAACGUGCACGAAAUGAAUUCGAAUGGCAAAUUAUCAAGAACAAAAAUGAAAUGAAAAUAUUGUUAAAUGAAAUUGAACAAAUUGAAAGCGCACUCGAAUCGAAUGCAAAAGCAACAAAGUUGGCUGAAACGCGAUUAGAAAAUAGAUGCCAACGGCCUGGCAUGGAAUUAUGCAUGGAUGGCGUGUACAACGGUCUAUGUGAUGAAAUUAAACAGCUUCAAUUUGCACAACAUCAACUCAAUGAAAAACUUAGCAUAUCGAAAGCAUCGUACAACCAACUUGAAUUGAAUUUGAAACAACUCGACGCCGAUUUGAAAAAGAAACAGCACACGCUCGACACGGAUAUUCGAGCAUUGGAUUUACGACAACGAUUGAAGAUGGAUGCCAGUGAAGACAUCACAACGGAAAAUCGCCAAAUGACAUUGACUAACUUGCAACAAGAAACAUGAAUGCAUCUUCUUCGUUGUCUGCCAUUGAUUACAGUGCCAAUUAGUGGCUCUUUGUUUUAUUUGAACAUUGUUUUCUUUUUCUUCAAUUUUAUGGCAAAUACACCCCACAAACACACACACACACAGACACACAUACGAAAACUAAACAUUUUAACUGCACUGUUCGCAUUCACUGCAUGCCACCACAAAAGUAUCACAUGCCAUGGCAAUUUUCGCGCUCAUCGUUCAAAAACAUUUCCACAACAACAUCACCAUCACGGGGCUAAAUAGAAAUUUAAAAACGAAAAAUAAAAGAAUCGCUCUAAAAAAAGAAAGAUAUUGAGCGAACAAGCGAGUUUGUUAAGUUGAAGAUAUUUUUCGCUUAAAAUAAAACACACCAUCAAAAACUA